AUGCCUAUGGAGGAGAAACGGGCAGAGCCGGCGGGUCCCCAUCCCCAGCCGGUGUUCCCCGCUUGGGCAUGGCAAAUGCAGGGCUCCCCUGCGCCGUUUCUCCCUGCCACUGCAGCAUCAUCAGGAUUCUCUACCGCCACCACCGGCGUGGACGCGGCCGCAGGCGCAGCCGCCCGCAGCGUGCCGUCCAGUGGCCCCCGGCAGUUGUUCUCCGGCUACCAGCAGCUCCGCUUCCCCCCAACCGCCUGA